GGAUUGGCUGCGUGCGCAAUGCACGCCACAGAGGCCAAAGCGAAAGCUAAGUCCAAAGCAACACCCCAGGCCAGUCCCAGUGCACAAGACUCUGCUGGAGCGCGGGUUGACAAGUGUGCCUGGUGUGCAGAGAGAAGACAAGGAUGGUGUGACCAAGUAUCCUUGCGGUUCUAUUGUGAACACUGCUGGACCGACUACGAUACACUUCAGGAUGCGGGCCAUGCAGAUUACGCUGGCAGAGUAUGGCAUGAUGAAAUCCUCGAAGAGGACAAUAUCGUUGCCGAAGAUGAGGAUGACGAUGGAAGAAACUUGCUGGAGUUCACGAAGAAUGCCUUGACCCAAAUUGAAAGUGACAAAAAAAGUCCUAGCAAAGACCCUGCAGACGAUGGUGACAUGAGUGACAAUGAGAGCGAUGAGGCGGACGAUGAAGUGACAGAGCUUCCCAAGGCCUUUGGGAAGGCAGCGAAGCCUGCAGAGUUUGAAGUGCAACAGGCGCAUGUGGUUCUGAUUGUAGACACCUCCGGAUCAAUGCGAACCAGCGAUGUGAAACCCGAGAGCGGCGUCAAGCACAUCACACGCAUGGCAGCUGUCACACAUUCUCUAUCUACAUUCUUCGACAAGCAAGUGCAAUCUGGUUGUCCCCACAAGUUUUCCUUGAUUUCCUUCAGCGAAACCAGCAGGGUGCACUUCACGGCAAAGGCUGCAGGGCACGCGAAGCAACUUGUCUCUUGGCAGGCUGCAGGGCUUGUGGCUAGUCGGGGUACCCAUUUCGUUGAAGGGCUCACAGCUGCAAAAACUAUCCUUCAAGCAGCUUUGGGGACACCACACCUUCUGAUUUUCAGUGAUGGUCGCCCAGCAGAUGGCACCCAAAUGAUACAGACGACCCAGAAGAUGUUGGCGGAGUUUCCCUUGCUGCGCAUACAUGCUAUAGGCUUUGGUGAUGGGUUGGACUUUGAGCUCCUUCAACAAUUGACUUCCAUAGGUCGGGGGACAUUUGCUCCGUCAGCUCGUUCAGUCGCUGCGUUGAACACGGCCUUUGCAUCCCUGACGUCGACCAUCACAGCCACCCAAACAGUGACCAGUUCAUCAAGAAAGUCGAGUUCAUUUUCUUUUCGAGGCCAUGAGCCACUAUCAAGUGGAGAAGCUGCUUUGCAUGAGUCGCGGACAAAAGGUCUGAAACUCAGGGAUGUCAGUUUUGAACCUGCAAAUCAGUUCAUUUGGAACACACAUCAUUCUGUCAAGUUCACAGUGAGACGGAGAUGGUUCAGCUUCAAUGGAACGGAUAUCAAGAUGCAUGAGAGGUUUGCAGAUUACAAGCACAAUCCAGUCUCCAUCAGGCUUCAACCUUUUACGCAAGGUGGCAUGCGUCUUGUGUAUUGCUUCAGGGAUUCCACAAUUCCAUUGUACCUUGAGCAGCGCGAUGACAAGUUUGCAAUGCGAGAAGCCGGCACAGAUGCUCGAAUGGUGGCUAAACUGUCCAAGUAUGUUGAUGAAGGGCACAACUCGGCUAUAGUCGUUUCUUCUCACGCCCAAAGCAGUGCUGUGGCCAGAUUCUAUGCUCGUGUUUUCAGGCUUGCUGUCAUGGAACUCUUGGGAUGGGCGGGGCGCAACAUGGCCAGGAUCAUUUUUGUGGAGUGCUAUUUGUACAAAGCCGAGGAUGGAAAAGAGAAUUCACCAGCCCCGUUCUUUGUCGGGGAACGAUUCCUGCCUGGUGUGUUCCGCAAGUACAACUCCAAUCAUGGCUAUGUGGAUCCAGAAGUUCCCGAAUCAGAAGUUGCUCAGGCAUUUUCCCAUUUCACAUUUCAAGCCAGUCAAGGUGACCACAUGGUUCUGGACUUGCAGGGUGUUCACUUGGACAAGGCGCAACGGAGAAAACCACACCUGAUUCUCACAGAUCCUCAGGUGGUUUCAGUGGCAAGAUCAUUUGGACCAGGUGACUUAGGAGAGGAAGGCAUGCGCGCCUUUUUUCAAUCUCAUCGCUGCGGCAUCACCUGCAGGAAAUUGGGUUUGGACCAGAAUGCAUGGAAGAAAAGCCAGAGAACGGCACGGAAGGAGCCUUCAUCGUCUUCUACCAGGAGCGGUAGCUCCGUGGUUCCAGUGACACGGAGCACCCCCUCCGCUGCAGACACCUCUGGAAACAUUUCGGAUUUGCGGCUUGUAGACCUUGUUCCCAAUCAUGAAGCCCAAGUGACGCCAGUGGUCACCUUGCGAGGACCUCCCGCAAAAUUUCCUGCACCAAUCCCCCCAUCACUGCUACCAAAAGUUGGCGUGGGGACGGUGCCUAUCCCGGUCCAUCAACAGCCUGCGCCACUGCCACCUCCUUGGCGCCAGCCUGAGCCAGCUGUGGCAGCACCGGGUAUGAACCGAUACCCGCCCAACUUUGGUGCAAAACCUGAUGGCCCUCUUUCUGCUUUGAUGGCCCGCUCAGGGGCGGAGACUGGCAGGCCAGACUAUGACAUGUUGCUCCAAAGGCGCCAAGCUCCUGGAAGUGAGGUGGCAGCAACGGCAACUUUGGCCAGUCCGACCAGUCAGACUUUGCAAACGAAUCCUGCUGAGAGCUCCGUUUCAGACGCAGCUGUGCAAGAUCAAACUGGGAUUCAAAGGGCUGAAAGAUGUAGUGUGGAUACUGCGCAGGCAACUUCGCAAGGCGGCCCACCUUCACCCAAUGACAGCCAAGUGUCCACAACUUCCUCGAAGCUUGCAACCUCCGGUGAAGAGACUGCAGUUGAAAGUCCGGAAGUCAAAAAGUCAGUGGUUUUUGGGCCACAAGACAAGAAGAUCACUUUAUCUGCAUCCUGCAGGGGCCAUGUAGUGGCGGCAAUUGCCAGGGAGUUUUCCAUUCCAGAGGAUGAGCAGCAUUUGCUUCAAGAAUCCUCUUCGCAUCCCACUAUUGAUUUUUACCGUGUGGAGCACAAGAUGGACCCUCGCAAGUUGAGAUUCACGCAGAAUAGCAUCAACCCAGCAUUUCGCAAUGGGAGGCCCAUCUUUGACCUCUUGAAUGACUUGAAUUCUCAGAACAUUGACCCGUUGUGGGAGUUAGAGCCAUUAGAUGUCGUUUGGCACAACGGCUUUUGGCGGUCCUUGUCCAACAGAAGGCUUUGGGCUUUGAAACACUGCACCACGGCAUUUUCCAGCCAGCCGCUGUAUGUUCGGGUGCGGGUGAGGCAACCUGAUGCCAACUUUCGAGCCAAAUCCACGAGUACCAAUGAUGGCGUUUCAGUUUUGAUUAUGCAACGUCCCAGGUCACCUUCGCCAUGCGCUGCCAAGGUUGCAGCAGCCAUUUGACAGCUUUCAAUCUAAGAUUUUAAAUGUACAGCCACAAGUCCAGAUCCAGGACCCGGACAAGCAGCAAAGUGCAAAA